AUGGUCGCUUGUGAUUCUGCCACCGUCAAUAAAGAACAUGAGGUGUGGCAAGCUGAAACCGCACAUCUCCAAGACACCUCGGGGGCCUCCGUCAUAAAAUGUCAAGAUAUCUUCAAGCAUGACGAAGAAGAAGAAGAACCCAUCAGAUCUGCCAAUCGGAUCCCUCCAGAGAGUCGUGAUCGAGUGACCGAGAUCAGAGGGUUCGGUGCCCUGGACAGUGCAUUAGAUAGUAAAAAUGGACACCUGGACAUUUUCACACGCUUCCUUUUUGGGAUCUCUCACGACUCCAACCGAGACCUCCUUCAAGGACUUCUGGCAGAGACACCCAGCAGUUCAGAAUGCAACAAAAAGUUCAAGUUCAAGAUAUUGAAAAGAAAGUCCCUCUCCCCAGAGAGAUGCAUCAACCUGAUCCACUGUCUGCUUGAGCUGAAGGACCACACCAUACUGCAGAAUGACAACCAGGUAUCGUCUUCAGACAAGCCGCUAACUCCCUUUCAGUGCUCUCUGUUGGCAUUUACCUUCAUGUCAGAGAAGCCUGAAGAGUUUGACUUCAGGAAUAAACAAACUUCGGAGGACAGUUUCUACAGACUGUCUCCUGCUUUGCAGUCUUGCACUACUGCACUGCUCAACUGUUGUCACAUGACACCACUGCUAUGUGCAACUGUGGCCUCAGUUCUCCGAUCUCCAAAUUCCUGUAUUACAGUCCUGGAUCUGGGCCACAACAACCUGGGCGAUGGAGAGGUGAAACGCCUUUGUGAUGGGCUGUGGAACGCCAACUGCAAGGUGAAAACUCUGAACCUCAGGCACAACAAUGUUGGAGAGCAAGGUGUUAAGGAACUCUGCAAAGUGCUGAUUCGUCCCACCUUGAAGCUUCUGACCUUGGACCUCAGCUGCAAUGACCUUGGGGACGUGGGGUUGGAGUCCCUUGCUUUUGGCCUCUACGAGCGUUGCACACUGCAGGAACUGAGACUAUCUGGCUGUUUGAUCCCAUUGCCGGAGACCGUGUCCUCUGUACUGGUCAUAGCUUUGAGGUCCGACCCCUUCCAGAUGAAAGAGCUGGAUCUGAGCUACAAUCCCCUCGGAGACAUUGAAUUGGGUUUCCCUUUUCAGCUGAAGCUGAACCUGGAGCACCGAGGAGAGAGCAGGAAUAAACCGGGUCUGCAGAAAUAUGCAUGUGAACUCACACUAGACCCCAGCACAGCGAACGAUUUCCUCGUUCUGUCUGGGGGGGGCAGGAAGGUGACGUGCCAGAGGACGGAUCAGAAGUAUCCCAUCACCCAAGACAGGUUUGAUAAAUGCAAGGAGAGCCUGGACAAGCGGCAUUACCUGGAGGUGGAGUGUCUCCACAGCGUUCACAUAGGCAUGGCCUACAAGGGAAUCCACAGGAAAGGAACCGGUGACAACGUAACACUAGGAUGCAAUGCCAAUUCUUGGACUUUGUACGCCUCGAAGUAUAAGGGCCAUACCCAGCACAAAGACAUGCUACACAGGUUACAGAUCCCCCAAAUCAAGGCACAUGUGCCCUACAGAGUAGGAGUGUUUCUGGAUUGGCCGGCCGGCACGUUGUCCUUUUACAUGAUCGACCAAUAG